AAUAUUUUUACGGGUUUUCGCGGUCGUCGACGGCUACGUUAUCACGGUUUUGUCGUCCGAUGAUCAUUCCGCAUUCGCAACUCGCGAAUCUCGUCCCCUCCCAUCGGGGCAGACACACCUUACCGACGAUUCGCGCAGUAGUUGCAAUCGCACGGCAGUGAGUCAUGUUUUCGUUUCGCGAUUCGUACCGUACGGGGAAAACUUCGUGCAUUUCCGGUAGCCCCUGAUAAUCGGAGUUUCGUCUUCAACACCUAUUUUUCUUUCGUUAUUUAAUUUUUCCUCUCUACAAUUCGCCUAUCGUCGAAAUAUUUCGUUAAUUGAUACCCGCAAUUCGGUUAGGUACUGAUUAUCCGUGCGUACGGGUACGGGUAUAAUAUAUUUUCGAACGCUGAAAAUGUAAACAUAUUUUCCGUCUGGACGCGGAAAAUUCGGAUCAGAACACGGUCGCGUGUGUGGUGCGACAGUGGUGCGCGCGUGAAAAAUAUGUUUGGCUGCCAGUCGCCAACGUCCAGAUGAAAUUUACGCGGCUGCUCUCCGUGUCUGCGGCUCAACCAAAACCCGCAAAAACUGCAAUAGCAUCAGCAAUAAUUUUGUCCGCGCAGUGAGUACUAGAGAAAUGGACAAGGCUCGGAACGCGCGCCAGUGCUAAAAAUGGAACGCAAUUCUGCCGUCCCGUUUCUGUGGCUGGGUUUGAUUUCGACCUGGAUCGAAUCCUCGGUGCAGUUCCCCAUCGGAGGUGAUAAAAAUACGCAUAUCUAUUAAAUAGUUUCUAGUACACUUCUAGUUGAAUAGGUUCUCGUCCAUAAUUAUACAGUUUAGUGGGCAGGUAGUAAAUUCUUUACGUUCGGAUACUCUCUGGUUUAGUGGUCAUUGUUAGCGCAACAAAAAAAUAAGGCACUUACCUACUUACCUAAGUUCCAUUGGCUAUUCUACAAAAGUUUUAUCGUUAAGAUUGAAAAUCAUUAAUUUGGAUACUUGGAUAAUUUGCCCGUUGGACUCGUCAUACUUUUAUACCCCCUUUUAUAACACGUCUUCUAUAAUUUGCUAUAUAAAUCUCCAUGUGUUACGUAACACACAUCUUAAUAUUCGUUUAAUAGCACAGGUUAAUUGAUUUACAUUCUCGGAACAAUUAAUAUUUUUCGAAUUGUAUGUAUUGUUAAAAUAUUAAGUCCAUAAGUAGGUAAAUAUUGCAAUACAUCAAACCGUUUUAAAAGUGAAAUAAUCUAAUGCCAACCUACCAAUUGUCAUAAUAGUUUUGACAUAAAAAACAAAAUUGUUUGGUUUCACUAUGUGUUAAAAUUAUUGUCGAGAGCUAUUUCCAUUAAUGAAUUUGUUUCCCAAUCAUUUAUUUCAAACAGUUAAAAAUACUCAUAAAAUACGAAACCUACUAAAUAGGUACCGUUAGAACAAAAUUGAAUUGAUAUCUUUUUGCUAGGCUUUUAUCGGAGGGUAAAUCAUUGUACUAAUCUUUGGUAAUCUUACUGGAAAUCUUGGUAAUCAUAAGGAAAUCAAUCGGGUAAAUUUCUUAUAAAUAGUGUGUACACCAUAUUUCAAAAUAUCAUGAUUUCCCCAACGAUUACCGAGAUUUCCUGUGAGAUUACAAAACAUUUGUUAUUUGUACACCGAUGUCCUCGUUGAUUUCUGUUAAUGAUUUUCUCUCUGGCUUUUAUACCUGUUUGUUUUUUACCCUAAAAUAAUUUUAUUUUUAUAGUCAACUGCUUAUUUAAAAAUUAUAAGUCCUUGUAUUAGUUCGAUAAAAUUUAUUUAACUAUUUACGAGACUAUUUACCUCUAUAUUUGGGUUUUAAGUCUAUGCACUGUGCUUAACCACAAAAUGUGUCAACGGGUUCAAUUUUCUUAAUUCUAUAUUUCUUUAUGUUUAUAUUAGGUAUUGCUUUACCAUAAACUAAUAAUCUAAUUAUUUUGUAAAUUAUAAUUGUUACCAGGAUUGUUUGAAAUGGUAGGUAAACAUACCAAUUAUAUUAUUAUAUUUUUAGAUAAAAGAACAUUCAAUUAACAAAAUCUAUAUUAUUCUGAUAUUUUUGUACGAUAUUAUCAUUAAUAGGGCUCGGAUUUAUAUGUAAAUACAUAUUUUUACUGUGACUGGAUAAAUUAAUAUAGGCAAGUGAUAAAUUUGUGUUUUCAAUGUAAUGAACUAUAUUUGAUUUUACAUAUUCUUGCAUGUUAUGCCAUAAAUACAUGUUUUUACAUAUUUCUCUAUAAUUCCAAUUUUUCCUACAUAUUUUGAUAAUUUGUUCAUAUAGAAUUAUUUCUAUACAAUUGUAUAUAUUUUUCAAUACGGAAAAUUUCCCAUGUUAAAAAAUCAACUCAAACAAAAUAAUACUAAAAAAAGUUAAUUACAGAUAUCCAUUGCGGAAUAAAUGGGAUAAUAUUACAGACUGAGUUCACUCCUUUGGACAUUGCAAAUAAAAAAUUGCACCCAUUACCUCUGUUGAAGUGGAGUGUUCGUUUAGUCCGUACAAAUCUGUGUUACGACCAAACUGUAGAUCAUUUAACUUUAUCAAUUUGAGCUUGUAUAAUGUUUAUGGUAUCUCAUUGAUAUCGAGAUCAAGAUAAAUAAGAUUCAAUUUCAUAAUAAUUUCAAUUCAAGUUUCUUAAUUUUUGUAUUUUCUUUUUUGUUAUUUAUAAAGCAAUUUUUAAUUUUUUAAGCAAAUAAUGUAUUUUUUAUUAUUUUUAUAAAUUUCACAUUUUCAUUUUUUUAUCACAUACAAUGCGAUUUUUGAUUACAUAUAAUAUAUUAACAUAUUUUGGUUAACACAUUUUAAAAAUGGGUCCCAUUUAAUUUACCAGUAUAAAAAUAGAACCCAGUACGCGUCUUAUCCAGGACAAGUCAAAUUUUGAUUGAUAAUAUAGUUAGGUAGGUUUUGUUUUCUAUAGUUAAUCUACCCAUUACCUAUUUAAUAAUUUGUUCAAUAAAAUAGUUCUUAAAUAGUGUUAUUUUAAAUUGUAUACUACCUAUGUUAAUACUGUUAUGUCACUGAAUAUUUAAAAUUUAAUGUACCUACCUACUCAUAAAACUAAUAAUUAUCAAUGCGAGGAAAAAAAAGUAGGUUAACACAUUUACUGUGUCUGUUGGCUAUAAUACAUAGUUUUUUUUUCAGUGUUUGUUAACCAUAGCCAACAUUAGGGUUUCCUAUAUCACUACAAAUUCUCUAAAAUUGUACCACUUCGUCGGGUAGAGGAAUAGUUUGAUUUAUAUUUAAUACAAUUAUGAAAAAAUAAAUAAAAAAAUGUAUAUUUAUGUAAAUGUACAUUUAUGUGUAAGAGAAAUUUAUAAAUAACCAUUUUGUUGAUUUUUAAUAUAUACCUAAAAAAAAAAAAAAUUGUGCUUGUCAUUUACAUAUUAUAUAAUAUUAUGCAUUACUAAUAUUAGUCGAAUUGGAAUAUUAUUACGUUAAUUAAAGUUAACGGUUUUAUUUUUUAAAACUGAUUUGAUAGGUACCUAUCUACAUAAAUAUGUAUAGGUAAUACCAUUAAUUAUAGAAUAGUCUAUUCUAUAAUCAAUAGUAACACUAAUAAAUACUAAUAAUGUAAUAUUCUGGGCAUUACAAUAAUUUAUCUGGUAAUUAUUUUUAUAAUGUUUGAUUGUAAUUAUGAAUUCCCACUUUAUAAUUUAAUUAUAAAUAUCUGAGAUAGUAAAAUUGCUGUGUUUAGGUUAAAAUACAAAUUUACAUAUUAUUAUUAGUUCAGUGUUGUUAAAUGGCAAUACUAAUCAAGUAGGUGGUUGUAAUUUGUUCAAGGUUUUCUUAGUUCAAACAUUAAAUAUCAGAUUUAAUACUAAGAUAGCAUUUAAUUUUGUUAAUAAUAAUGAUUACAACAUAACUAUAUUUUAUUAAAAACAAAUUUAAAAAGGCAAUUUUAUGUUCAUAUUUGUAUAUUAAUUAAGUGUAGAUAUAUUGGAUUUAACCAGAUUUAAACUAAAUUUCAACCAAAAAAGUAUAAAAGUAGGUGAUCUUACAAAAUAAGUAAUAUUUCAAUUUUUAAAUAGAAAAUUUAUUAGUAGUAAUUUGAUUUUCAUAUGAAUUUGUAUACCUUUUCAAAUUUCAUAAAAUUAUUAUAAAUAAUAUUGUUGGAUUGGUACCUAAAUAAUAUGAAUGAAGUUUUAAAAAUGUAAUAAAAUGCAUAGGUAAAUAACUUAAUUUUCUCAAGUAUACCUCUAAAUAAACAUUUAGGUACCAACAGAAAAGAUUUAAAAAAAUAAGUAUAUGUUUUAGUAGCUAUAUUAAUUCAAAUUUUUCAUUAUUAUUUUUUGAAAAAAUUUGAUAGCCAUUUAUCAAAAAUGAUUUAAAAGUUCUUAUUUUAAUAGGAAGUUACUAUGAAUUAAAAUCACCUUAAUUGUUGAGUAUAUUUAUUAUAAAUUUCUUCCCUUACAAAAAUAUAGGUAUAUAAUUUAAACCAAUAAUAAUUGAUCUGCCUGAUAUAACAGCAAUAAAUUAUUUAAUUAUUUAAUCUAUAUUAUACAACUAAAUACUACAGACUAUGAAAAUUAUUUGGUUGCCGUGUACAGUAAUUUGCAUCUAGUUAAUUUAAUAAGUAUCAAUACUUAGUACCUACCUAUAUAAACCAUUUAUAUAAUGACCAACCCAUAAAGUAACUAUUUUGGUUGUACUUUUUUUUUUUUAAUACCUACUAUUUGUUAAUUUCUCACCUGAAUAAACAACCAUCUCUACUUAUUUGUAGUGAGUUCUGUAAACUUGCCUAUUGUUAUUUUAUGCAUAGGUACUAAUAAUUAUUAAUACCUAUGGAACACAAAAUACAAUAUUGUUAAGAAUAUUUUUUUAAUUUUUCAUAAAUUAACAAAUCAAAUUAAUUUUUUUAUAAGUAUUUGUUAAUGUUAAUUUCACCAAAUAAUAUUUAGUUUAUUAUUACAUGUGUUUAAAUAGUCUAAUUACUAAUUAGGUAAUCAGAUAUUUUAUUAUAUGCUUUUAUAAUUGUUAUUUGGUUGAAAAUAUGUUUAUUUAUAAAUGUUUAUCAAAUUAAUAAUUAUAUGAGUAAUUAUAACUGUUAAUGCUUUAAGAUAUACCUAACAUUUUUAAUUUAAUUAUACUAUAUUACCAUGUGUGGAUGGGAAAUAUUCUCUCAAAAUGUAUAUUCAAGAAAAUAUUACUUCCCGAUUAGGUAUGUCAUAUCACUGAUAUUUUGUACUUAUUGCACUAUUUUCCCUACGUUAUAAAAGUGCAAAUAUUAGAUUCAGUACUUGACUUAUUAAUAAUUAAAUUUGAUUAUAACAUUAAUAUUGUGAUUUAUAAAUUUAAAUUUAAAAAUUGAUUAAUUUAGAGUUAGAAUUAUUACAAAUGUUUAGUGGAAUUAAUUUUAAAAACGUUACUAAUCACCAUACUUACAUGUAUUAUACAUUUUUUUCAGAUCAAUAUCCUAGUACCGUGUUGGGGAGCAGCGCUAAUGUGUGGCUAGAAGCAUCAAUAGUUGCUGUUCUUUUUACUAUAUGCAUAGUAAUUUUCCUUAUUGGCUGCUUGGACUGUUGUCGAAAUAGUAGAUUCAAUUUUAAGGUAAAUAAUUGUAAUUUUAUAUAGACAAUAGUCUACAGGUGACCGACCAUGUUUAACUUAUUUUUCUAGUACUAAUAUUCAAUUUUUGCCAAGCUUUUAUUUUUGCAAUCUGUCUGAUACCAUUCCAAGGAAAUAAAUGUAUUUUGAAAUGCAAAAUUUGAUUAUACGUCCCACAUUUUUCUUAAAUUAUAAGUGUAAAUUAUAAAAUUAUAAAAAAAAAAAAAUGGAAAUUUGAAAUUAAUACAAUUUCUAAAUUUCUAUACAUCUUUUUAGUUGCCUGCAUGCACAGCCUAGUGGUGUAUAUAUAAUUAUUUUAAAUAUAAACACUGCUAUAUUAUCGUAUCGUUGGUACUUCAAAAACUUUUCUGACUGAAGAAUAGAAUUUAAAUUUAAUUCAGGGUCAUGAUUUUUCUAAUAAUUUUUAAGUGCUUUGUAAUUUUAUAUGGAUCAAACAAAUAAAUUUGAAUUUAAAAAUCGUUUACGAAAAUAUCUAUUGCCUAUGUUCAAAUUUAAAAAAGUAAAUAAAACAUAAUAUAUUAAAUGUGUUUACUGAUCCAAAAUGUAGAAGUAUUAAAAAUAAAAUAUUUUACAAAGCGAUGCUCUGUCAUUCUCUCAGUCUCUCUUUUUCUCUUUUUUCAGAAUCUAAAGUAAGGUUAUCCGUGUUUACAAUAAAUCAAAUUAUAUUUCAAAAUAAUUGUUAAUAAUAGUAAAUUCUUCACAUAAUAACAAAGCAUUAUAUUAUUAUUUAUUUUAACAUUGAUAAUUGUAUCUAAAGAGUACAUUGCAUUUCAUAUUGCUUAUCCGGGUGUAUUACUUUGGCCGGUGGACAACUUUACAAUGCUUAAAUAAGUAGAACAGUGAUUCCAUUAUUAAGCAUUAUUUUUAAAUACCAUUUGCUUUAGCAUAAGAAAGUGAUCUAUUGUUAUUUGACAUUUAUCAGUUACGUGGUUCUACUAUAGUAAUUACUCAAUAAAUUUAGAAAUAAGAUUACAAAUUUAAAACUAUUGCACCUACGUUUUAAACACAGAUAGUUUAAUUUAUACCUAUAGUGUUCGGCUAAUUCUUAUAGCCGUGGUAAAAUUAUCUAUUGUUUAUUAUUUUACCUUACCCUACAAUAAUGGUUUGGUUAGAUACAGCUAAACGCAAAAAUUAGGUAUUGUGUUUUAGUAGGCGAUUUUGUGGUUGAAUUAUUUUCCGUUGAGGAUAGAAAAACGUCCAUUGCUCGUGUAUUGAAUAUCAUUGGCAAUAGCCAUAUAAAAAAAAAAAAAACCAACACUAGUCUGAUGGCCAUUACAGUUAUGUUCACCUCAUUUGUAUUGGAUCAGAUGCGCACAUUUGACAUACAGUGUAUUACAAUAGUUUUGUUCUUUUUUUUUAAUAUAUAUAUAUUUUAUGACGUAACUCUGAAAGCUAUUUUUUCCCGCCACGGUUAUUUAAAUCGAAAACAAAUAUCUACGAUUUAUUAAUUGUAACUUCGUGUGUCACUUAUAUUUUUCGGAAAACCAAUCUAAAUCAACAAAUCGUGUUUGGAUUAUUUCUAUAUUUGGAAUACGAUUAUAAUAAUAUUAUUAAAAUUAAAUUAAAAUACCUACGAAAACCAUUUUGUAUGGGUUUUUUAUGCGGAUUUUAAAAGUAAUUCUAAUUGUAAUUCUGAAUAAAUAAUAAUAAAUAAUAUAAUGUAAUAAUAAUAAAUGUAUUCUGAUUGUAAAAGUAAAUCUAAAGACGAACCAAAUACUCUUCGGCAUCUCAACGGUGCAGUUAUACUUGACACCAAUCGCGAAUAUUUGACUAUUCAAAUACCUGACCAUUGCGUUUUAUAUUAUAACAUUAUUCUUCGUUAUCCCAAAAAUGCAAAAACCGGAAUCGAUUAAUAUAAUAAUAUGUAUAAUGUUAUUAUUUUUGACAGUCAAUAGAUAGGUGCCUAAUUUUGUAAAUUGUCCAUUUCGAAAUCCUUUUGAUAAAACAUUUUUAUUUAUUUUCAAUACACGUACGUUUUCCAAAUUAUUCGGUUUCGUAUACUUUCUAUACGCAUCCCGAGUGAAUUACAGAAGAUCUAGAUAGCCAGAAUAAAUUGUGAUAGAAAUUGGUCCGACAGCCAGAGAGAGACGCGUUUAUAUAUUUUAACCUAAAUGGUAUAUUAUUAUAAUGUGAUAUGUUUCGUUCGAAAUAUUUUGCGGUUAAAGUGUGUGGUAUAUCGGUGUACAAACAAUAAUCAUAAAAAAAAAAUAAAUAUUUUCUAUCGUAAUUUACAAAUAAGCGACUAUUACUUCCCCUCCCCUCACCUCCUAUAAUGACGUAAUUAAUACAGACUUUCAGACGAAACGUUUUCAAGUCGGUUAACUUGGACGCAUUAUGAUUCAAUAGUUUUGUUUCCAUAAAAAUAUCACGUUCGAAUUAUUCCGUAUAAUAUUAUUAUAAAAUAUUUCGACAAUUGAUGACGAUUUGUUCCGAUCGUAUUAAUAAAUUGUCGAAUACAACUAUGUCAUUCUGGUCGACGUCACAAAUAAUAUUCAUUUUAACCAUAAUAAACGCCUAUUUUAAAAAUGACUCUAUUCCAUUCGUCAUGUAUAUUAAAAUAAUUAUAACACAGCCAUCAAACUACAAACAUGUUUUGCUUUAUCGUACCUACUCUGUUUAAUAAAACGGUUUCGUUUCAAGUUAAACACAGACAUCGAAAAGUAUAAUUAUUAUUUUAAAAACUACCUACUAAUAAUUUGUGUAUAAUUAUUAAUUAUUAUUUGUCUAAAAUGACGUGUCCCACAUAUUAGUCAUAGAAUUUUAAAUGCAGUGUAUAUUGUUUUCAAAUAAUAAUAAUAAUAAUAAUAAUAAUAAUAAUUGGUAAUUGAUAUUGUUCUUCUGAACAAUUAUCUGUAGGACUUAUUAGUUACCUAUUAAUUAGAAAAAAAUUCUUCAAUAAUAAUCAAAUAGAUUUAUUUUUCGUUUUAAAUGUUUCAAUAUUAUUCGACGAGUUAAAUACUAUCUGUUCGACGUGCAUAAAUAUUGAAUGAAAAUCAAAAAUUGCAUACCUAUAGUAUAGGACAUAGGUUCUACCAUUGUUAAUAAAUAGUGCUCCCCGGACUUUGUGCAUUUAAAAUCCAUCAAAAACGUCAAUAAAAAAAAAAAAGGUAGUAUAUUUUUAAAAGUCGUCUCCUCUCUAAUGAACUUAUAAAAUACGAUUUUUGAACACUGCAAAAAUAAUAAACGCAAGUUUUUAAAAAAAAUUCCGUGAAUUGUUUUGUAGAAAAUUGCAUUCAAUAGUUAGAGCCGUUUUGAUGGGGGGGGGGUUGAGAAUUUUAAACUCCUCUAUCAUUUUUAAUUUAAAAUUCAGGGCCUUUUUGAUAUUGUUAGGCGCUUUUUUUGUGGAUUUUAGACGCAUAAAGUCUCGAGCCCUGUUUAUAAACAAUACUAUACUUACUAGUAUAUUAUUGUAUGACUUGUUACAAUCAAUGGUAUCUACUACAAGUAAAAUAGGUAAUAUCAAGGGGAAUUUGUUUUUAAUGAAAUUUUAAAUUCUGGACGAAAUUCUAGGAAGAUACGCCAAAGCCUAUUUUUAUUAUAAUAAUAGUUCCGAUUUGAAUAAUGAUUGUUCUCCAUAAAAAAUUGUUCGAUUUACGAAAUAUUUGAAAUGUUGUUAAGUUUUAUAACAACAGCUGCCCUAAUCGUAGAUAAUAAUUUAUCCGUGCCAUUUGUCUAUUGAUAUUUUAAGAAUAGUUACGGAUAGAAGAUAGGUACUUAUAGAAAAAUAACCGUUUGCAUAUUUGCAAUAAACAAAAUCGUUGAAAGUAUGGAAAUGAAAACACAUUUUUAGAAGGUCGAAAAUGAUGAAAUGUAAACGGGUAUACCGUUUUAUGACAAAUUAACAAUCUUCAAAAUGUUCUGUAAUUUACAUAAUUCGCAUUACUUUUUCUUUAUUUACGAAAAAUUUAAGUAAUAUUUUCACGUCGAUAUUAUUUUUAUAUUUAAUUAUGUAAAACGUGUAAUUGCAUGAUGUGUGGGUAAAAAAAAUAUGAAUUCAAGGUUAUUCUUUUUACCGCAUUAUACAAAUUAUUAUAAAUACACAAGUAUUACUCGAACAUAAUAGUAAACCAAAUUUCGUUCACAUUAAUGCGGUUACGGCGAUUAUAAUUUUAAAAUCGUGGUAUACCUAGUUACUUUUACUUUUUUUUGUUUUUAUUUUAACACACGUGUUCGUUCUAUUUUGUGACUACUGUCUAAGUAGAUACUGAUAACAUUACUACUUCCGCAUAGUUUUAUAAAACGUGGUUUUUAUUGAGUUCACGAAAUCUGUGAGAAAAAAAGAUUUUAACGGAAUUCGUCUAAAUUUAAAAUUGUCCCUUUUGGAACUGUUUUUAAACCAACAUGAUAACUAAUACUUACAAAAAAAAAAAAAAGAUUGAUAUUUGUAAACACCGCUGUGGUGUAUUUUGUAUAUUAUUUAUCUGCUUUAGUGUCGCGGGUGUACCUAAAAAUUGUUCAUGGGGUGGGAGGGUCCAUCAUUUUGAUAUUAUUCGUUCUUUAAUAAUUAUGGUUCAAUUUAUAACCCACAGAUUAUUGUUGUUAACGCUAAUAUUAUUUGUACGCGCACAUUUACAAAAGGGUUUGCAGAAUGGGAGAGGUCCGGACCCGAUUUCCCCCCCCCCUACUUGCGUGUGACCCUAUUUGGUGUAAUUUUGUUUAGGUGUUAGAAUGGUAAUCUAAUAAUAGGUUUCACACAUUUUAAGCAACGCGGUAUAAUCGAAAACCUACUGGUAAUUGACUUUAUGUUCAAUGUUAUAUAUUUUUAUCUCUGUACCUCUGUACUUGUGUUUUUAUUAUUUUUAGUAGAUUCGUAAGUGAGUAAAUUUACCAAUAUCGCCGAGGAUAUACGUUAACGGAUAUAUCGUACCCUUAGUUUGUUAAAUAUUGAAAUUUUAAUUGACAUUUUCCUAUACAAUCGUUAUACAAACACAAAUGCGACAGAAUUUCGAAAAUAUUAUUUUAUCAAGUGUUUCGGUUAUUAUUAUUAUUAUUAUUAUUAAUACUAGUAAUAGGUACGUACCAAAAAAUGGUGGAUAGACGAAAAAAAAAAAAUUAUAAACGCUUGUAUUCUUUCAUACGAAACAUAAUACAGUGAAACCUCCUCUGACGGACACCUCCCAUUAGCGGACGUUUUUUUUGGGAAUGGGGACAUUUUCACUACUUUUCAAUGGGGAAACCUCCGAAUAACGGACACUAUUUUAAUCUUAGUUUAAAAAUAGCGACAAUAUGAAUGAUGGUACUAAACUAUUAAAAACGCAUUCGCAUUAGUUAUGUACUACUCUCGUAAUAAUGAAAUAACGAUAUCGAACUCGAUAAGAUUACGAAUAGCGGACACCUAUCGUCCUGUAGAUUAUUAUUAAAAAUAAUGACAAAACGACGACAGCGUCAAGCUUAACGAUAAUGAACUCUUUGAAAAAAAAACUCGUUAUCCAACGAUACGAUAAGAAUACGACGACUAAAGACGUUAACAACAUUAUAAUUUAAUUUAACACAAGUCCAAAUUUUUUCAUAUUACACGUUAUACUUUAUGAAUUUCAAAAAUAUACCCCUCUGAAUAACGGAUACCUUCGAAUAGCGAACAAAAAUUCGGCGACCGAGGGUAUCCGCUAUUCAGAGGUUUCACUGUAUUAUGUGUAGUCUUUUGGCGAAUAUCAAAUGAAUAAUUUGCCUAAUAAUUCAGGGUUGACUUCUGGUUUUUGCCUAGAAGAAUUUUAUCAGAAUUUUCCCCCCUCAUAAUUUUCACCUUUGCGGGGCGUAAAAUUUCACCAAUGAUAACGGGUGAAUAAUUGUAUACCACCUCGUAAUGUUUUCCGUAGCUCUUAAUUGUGUCGGUGACUAAUGUGUAGUUAUUGUUGUUCGGUUAUAUUUUAUAUAUUUCAUUUUUUUUUUUAUGUUGAUUUUGUUGAUAGUUAUUUAAUAUUAUGUUUAUUGUUAAUAUAAUAACUGAAAUUUCUAAAAUUCUCUCUAAAAUACAAUUUCCCAGCUUCUUGUUUAGUAUAAGGGUAUAAUGCUGUAAAAUAUAAAAUAUAAACAGUGGUUACUGGUCAUAUUACGACCACCCUACAAGGCAUUAACUAUUAUGAACAUCGUAAGGUUAGGUUGGGUGGUUUUAUCCUGCAGGGUUCAGAUUUCAUAUUUCCAGAAAUAACGUUUGUUACCGUUGUCGAAAUUUUAUCCCGGAGAUAAAAAUUACGAGAGGUAAAAGGUCGCCUGUGAUAUUCCAAAAUAUUUAUCAAAUAACUCCUAUGCCAUAUACCUUGCUUCAUAAAAUAGUGAUCUACUCGUGUACCUCCUAUCAAUGGCGUGAAGUAGGUGUGAACCUAUGUGUUAUUGUGUAAUUAUUCUUUACGGGUGGCCAGUGGUUACAUUCGUUUAACAGUUUAAUUAGUACAUAUAUUUUAUAUUAUGUACUGUUACAUGUAGGUACAUACAUUCAGUGAUACAUAUUGUAUUAUUAUAUUUUCGUUUCAAUAUUUAGAUUUUUUUUGAAAUUUUUUUUGUUUUCUCGAGAACCAAAAGCCAGGGAUCGACCGCAAUAUCGAUGGUAAUAAAUUCGAAAUAUUUUACAACAAUUUAUUAAAAUAAUAACAAUUCCUACGAUACAGUCUGGCGGGUAGUUAUUCUUUUGAAAAGUCAUUUUCGUACCAAAUAAUACCUGUACAUAGAUAGGUGAGCGUUUUCGAUUUCAAUUAAUUCCUAUGAGUAGUAUUAUAGGCAUAGUACUGUAGUAUUGUGCAGUAGCGAUAAUAAUACAGCGUGUAAUUAAAAUAUAAUACGAUUUCGCCGAGACGAUUUUGGCAUCGGAUCAAACGAGGAGGUUUCAUUGUUCGAUACAACAUAUAGGUACAUGUGUACCUAUAUGUUGUGUGUGCGUGUGUGCGCGCGCGUGUGUGUGUGUGUGUGUGUGUGUGUGUAUCUUGUAAUAUAUUUUCUGUACUUAUAGACUGAACCAUGACCAAUGUAUACGGAGUUUCAUUGUCAAACAGAGAACAUCGACCUUCUCCUAUGUUAUACAUUAUAUACCCGGUGUAGUAGGUACCUAUUACAGUAGACACUGCUGCAGUAGCAGCGCCACAGGAUUAUAUUAUAUUUUUAUAAUAUUAUGCACGAAAAAUCGUUAUAAUAUCAAUAAAAGUGCGGCACUAUACGGUUACGUUUUCGUUUCUUUGCGUAAAACGCUCAACGAUAAUAUUCACAAUAAUAAUAUUAUGUAGUCCAAUUAGGGGUGCACCACGAAUACUUAUAAUUAUAAAAAAAAAAGAACCGAUACUGCUGAUGAGUGCGCUACUGUUGUAGGUGAAAAGUCGGGAAGGUAGGAUACCUAAAGUUAUUAAAUUUAUAUCUGUAAGCAACGAUUAACGGUUGCUAGCAAAAAACGAUUCUAAGAUUAGGUUCUGAAGUUCGUUUAAACAUGAUACGUAAGGCCGUAAUGUUUACAUUUUUCGUUAAAAUUUGAUCUGAAAACCAUUAUAAAAAAAAAAAUUACAUUACAAUCUACUUUUUUUUUUAUAUUUAACCACUAAGUGUAACUUAUAAUGAACAUACUGUUAAAUUUUCAAGCAUUUCUGUUCCGUCCAACAAUUCACGUAGUCGAUACCUACCCAAUACAAACUACGUAAAAAAACUCGUAAACAUAAAAUGACCCUAUAAAAAGCUUAAUAAUCGUUCAAAUGUUUUUAAAAUUUUACUACGUCUAGCAAAAGAAAAUCAAGUCUCUACGAAUAUUUUUAACUGAAUUACAACAACAAAAAAACAAAAUUAAAAAUAAUCAAAGCAUUAUUUCCGUUUUCUCGUUUUUCUAUAUCUUUUUUGGUUUUUCCUAAUUACUAUAAAAAAUGCAUGAAUAUCAAAAAAUGACUUACUUCAUGAUCAACUAGAUCUGAAAUUCAACAAAUAAGGUCACUUGGCAUUUUUUGAUUUAAAGCAUUAUUUCUAUUUGAAAACAAAGUUUUCAAAAACAAAAUUAAAUCAGUAACGCCGUAGCACGCCUGAAAUAUUUUCCGCCGUUUUACCUAUAAUUUUGUUUCCCUUUUUUCCCAACUAAUUUAAAAACCCUUUGGAAAAUCAAAAAAAUAAUCUCUCUUAUACACCAACUAGAUAAAAUUACCUUUCAAAAGAGGUGCUACACUUGAUACAUCAGAGCAAAUUUUAUUUUUGAAAUCGCUUUGAAUCUAAAACAUAUGUUUAUCUAGUUAAAUUUUAUUUUUCCCAUAAACAAAUAAAUACCUAUUAGGUAACUAAACUACGAGUAAGGAAAAUAUUAGAAAUAUAUAAUACCCUAUGUAGGUAUAGUAGCUAAUAAGUUCUUAAAAUAAAUUUUGUUUUUUUUUUUGUUUUUGCUUUUUCGUCCAAAGGAACCGACUGUAACACAGGUUUGAAUAAUAUUGUCAAUAUUCCCUAUAUUUUUUUCUCUAAUUAUUAUUUUCUCUUUUAUUAAAGGAGUUUCAAAAUGAAGUGUUAUCAACGAGGGAUUAUAGUACUCCUGGAUUGGCAUUUGUCAACCCUAUUAGCAAUCUUCGUAGUAACGAGUUGUCAAGAUCAGCUUCUACUGUCAUUAAUAUCGAACAACUUUCACCAUCAAUUAAAUAUCAGUCGUUGUUUAAAGAGUGGCUAAGUAAGUAGAGUAAUAGUAUUCAAGUUAUUUAAUACUUUCAGAUUCUAAAUGUAAAGAUUAGUUUUACUUAUAUUUGGGUUUCUUUUUCCUUGGGAAACUUAUUUUCCUGUUAAUAAAAAUGUUUUAAUUUGUUAAUUCCGUAUCUUAGGAUAUGCAAAUUUUUUUUGAAAUUCUCAAUUAUUUUUAUUGAUUUCUGAGUUACCUUGGUUACAAUGGUAAAUAAGUUUUUUUUUCGUUAUUGUCAAUAACACAACUUAUAUUAUAACUUUACCAGUUUACCAAGUUAUACUAAGAAUUGUUUUUUGAUUGCAAUGAUUUACUUUUGUUUUCAGUUUAUGAACUAAAUUGCCCUUUAUCCUUUUUCUUCCCAACUUCCUACCCACAAAAAUGGCCAUGGUUCAAAGUAUGUGGCGCUUUUUAAAUUAUUUUUUAUUAUUUAUUAAUUUUAAUUGGUAUUUUUCAGAUGAUUCACUUUCAAAUUUUCCUAGAUCAAGGUUACAGUUUCAUCAUGAACUUGGGUCUGGAUGGUUCGGAAGGGUAAUUAAAAUAAUAUAUUUAUUUGUUUAAAAUUUUAAAAUUUCAAUAUAUUUUUAGGUGGUGAGUGGUGAAGUGGUUGGUUUGAAUCAAGGUGAAAAUAAUAAAGUAGUAGUUCGAAUCCUAAAAGAUGACGCAACCGAUGCAGAAAAGUUAAAAUUCUUACAAGAAGCUACUCCCCAUAAAAUUAAUGUGAAAAAUGGAAAUCACUUAGUUCUAGGACUUGUAGCUGCUUGUAUAAAAGUAGAUCCAUUGUUAUUGAUAUUUGAAUCUAGUCCUUGGGUUAGUAAUAUUAUUAUACUAAAAAUAUUAUGUUGUUUUUGUUUUAACUAUUAAUUACAUUAUAGGGGGAUUUAAAAGCUUGGCUCCGUAAAAAUGCAGAUUCAAAUGAAUAUGAAACACAAUUGGAGCGUAAACUAAAAAUGUCUGUUCAAGUAGUCAAUGGUCUUUUGCAAUAUUUAAAGAGUGGUGUUGUACACACGUAAGAUAUAUUUAAAUUUAUACAAUUAUAUUAUUUAAAAUGUAUUCUGUUUUAAUUUUGAAAAAUAAAUAAAUUCCUAGAAAACUUCAUUGUUCUUUAAAUCAUUUAAAGUAUCUAACAUACAUUUUGUAUACAGGGUAAUUUAUGUCUGGUAUUAAGUUCUAAGAUGAUUAAAAAUCAAACAUAAUUAUUAAUUAAUUUCUUUAUUUUUAUUCUAUUUCUUUUAUUAUACUUUAUAAUUUAUUAUCACUACCUUUUUGUGUUAGUUGUUAAUAAUAAUUCAUUUAUAUUUUAGUGAUGUAGCUGCAAGAAACUUUUUAGUAUUUUCUGACAAUGUAGUAAAAAUUGGUGAUUAUGGGGUUAGUACUCAAACGUAUAAGGAAGAUUAUUAUUUCACUGAAGAAGGAGUAGCACUUCCUAUAAGAUGGAGUUCUCCUGAAACUUUAAAUGUGUCUGAAUCAGUCAUUGAGACUAAAAAGGUAAAUUAACAGAAAAUAUUUAUUUAUAUAUAAUUUGUGAACACAAUUUCAAGUUAUAAGUAUAAAGAAUAGCCAGUGGGAAACAGCCUCUAUCCUGUCUUAUUUUAUUUCCUGAAAUCAUAUUUGCUUAUAAUACAAUUAAUAAAUUAUAUGUACAUUUUUUUUAUUUAUAGAUAACUGUUGAAGGAAAUGUGUGGAGUGCCGGAGUUGUGAUAUGGGAAAUAAUGGAAAAUGGUGCUCAACCUUAUGGUUCUCUUAGCGAUUUAGCAGUUUUAUCUGCAGUAUUUAUUGAACGCACACCACUGUUACUUCCUCCAUCAUCUAAACAUCACAAACUUUCUCAACAAAUGUAAGCUACUUCUAUUAAUAAUUUAUUCAUUGUGUAUUUAAAAUUUUAUAUUCAAGUGUUAAUAAUUAUAUUUAGAUAUCAAGUGAUGUUGCGGUGUUGGAAUAGUGAUUCAUCAAAAAGACCCACAUUCCCAGAAAUUAUAUCAUCAUUAGAAGAAACAUAUAGUAUGUUAAAAGCUAAUUUUGAUCCUAUUUCUUCAAAUUCUAGUCCCAUGUUUUCUAAAGAUUUUAUUAAAAGUGAUAGUGACUCUGGAAUGAGCUCUGUUAAUAGACCAAAAUCAUGUGAAGUUCAAAUAUACGCAGACGACAUGAGUGACAUAAGUUCUCAACCGUCUGCUUCUAGUGGCGUUGAUGUAUUAAAUCAAUCAAAAAAGUCCCCAUCUUUGGAAAUAUUGCACGGAUCAUUGGAAGAUCUGACAGCAUCUAAUGAUCCUUGGAUAAGAACAGAUGACAGUAUUCAAUUUAUGGAAGGCAUAAAUAAUGCUAUAAGAGAAUUAGAUGAAGCUUUAGCUGGGGAGCCUACAUCAUCAGAUCCUGAAUGUUCACCUCCAGUUGUUAAUUUUAGACUUGGUCCAAUAGCCAGUAAUAAGAUAAGCCGCCCGCUAUUUGGAAAUUCGUAUCCUGAUAAUUCAUAUCUGGGGAGACGUUCCGGUAAUGAGUCGUCCGGAACAGAUACGGAAGAUGAACAUUGGAGAUUAAGAAUUGAACGUGGUGAAUUUUCUGAAAAAGUUAAACAGAAAUCAAAAAGUGUUGCAGAUUUGAUGGUUUUGACACAUAUUGAUGCUAGCGAAAGCAGUGAAAGUGAUACUCCGCUAAAUUCAUUAUCUAGGCAAAAUAGCUUCAAGAACAAUCGCUUGGCUGUUCCACUUUUAAAUAGUCUUACAUUUACUAGUGACAGUGAUUUAAGAAAAGCACAAGAUGACCAUGAUUUUCAAGAUACUUUAAAAAAGUUUCAAACAGCUUUAAAAAAUAGAGAUGAUGAUUCACUUUCAUAUUUGUCUAUACAAAUUGAUAAUAGUAUGAAAGUGAAAAAGGAUACAAAAACAAAUAGUACCAAUCCUUUUUUAGAGAUUGAAGCCUCGGAAAAAACUAAUAAAAAUAACCCAUUCAUUUUACCUAAUACAACUCAAUGUUCCACAGUUGCUAAUAAUUCUUCUGUCCUCUUGGGUCCAUGUGAAAAUUUCACAAUAGAUUAUUAUAAAGGUGUUACGUCCUCUCUGACAGAAAAACCAAUUAAUGAUAAAUUAGAUAAUUCAAUAUUUGAAAAUUUCAGUUUUACAUUUAAUCCAUAUGAGUCAAUGAAAUGGGAUUCUAAUAUAUUUGAUUUUGGCAAACCUAUCUUAGAAGAAUCUGAAGUGAAAAAUGUUGAAGAGAAAUCUAAAAUUGUAGUUUUUGAGGAUACUGUUAAAGAAUCCAACUACAAUACGUUAGAAUCGGACUCUGGGCAUACUUCUGAUUACACAAACUGUGAAGAUAUUUCAAACAAAGAUCCUUUAGAAAAUAAAUGUUUAAAUACUCCUAAUUAUACAUUCAAUGAAUCAAGUGAAUCUUAUAACUACUACAAUAAUAUUGCUGUAUUAAAAAAUGGCUCUGAUGAUUCUGGUUGUGAAAUCGAACAAAUAACUAGUGAAGAUGGCAGUACAGAAUUUUUAAAUGAUAAGUCUGAAGAUGAAGAUGACAAUGAAAUAACUGUCAUAAAGGUUCAUGAUUUAUAUGAAAAUAAUAAUCAACAAAAAUCUGAAGGAAUUUCUGAUGAUGAUAGUAAACAAUGUGAAGUUAAAGGUCAAUAUGAAAUAGAUGACAUUAUCGAAGGUUUAUCAGAAUCUUGGUAUUUGCAUCCACCAAAUCAAAAUGCUUCAGGUUGGCUACCAGAUACCAUAAAUCAUGAUGACGAAAUUGAUGAUAAAGAAUUGUCAUUAGAUGAAGAAUAUGCAGAAGCUAUAAGACAAGAACUAAGAGGAAAAGUUAACCAGAAUGACAAUGAUUCAAGGAACUCAAACAGUUCGCUGGAAGAAAAUGAAAAGGAAGAUGAAAACACCAAUCGUACAGAUAUGGUCAUACACUAUAAUGUUUACCCCCCGUUGUUGUCUACAAUAUUUGAAGAAGAUGAAGACGAAGAUCUAGAAGUAAUUGAUACGUUUUCAGAAAACCCUAGUCCUUCAUGUAUUCUAACAGAUACCUCUUCCGAUCAUCUUUUCAUCAGUAGAGAAAAACUUGUAGAUUCUUCUUCAGAACUAGAUAACAUUCAAGAUGAUGUUUUAAUUGUUGACACUAUAACCAAUGAAGCAAUUAUAUUGGACACGGAUGUAUCAGAAAAACAAGAAAUUAAAGUUUUAAACAACACUUACACUAUUGAAGAAACAAAUUCUGAUACAGACGAUGUAUUAGAAAAUUUGGAAUCUGAUAGUGUAGCAUCUUAUUCACCAGAUUCAUUGUCACCUGGAUCUACUAGCAAAACUGCUGCAGCAGUUUCAUAUUCAUCGUCCGAGUCUGCAGAAAUAUCUGAUCAAUUUAUUUCGCCGACAUACAGUAAUAACGAUUUACCAUUAGACAAGGAAACUAACGCCAUUAAAAGCAUUGAGGAGCUACUAAAUUCUCCAUACCAGAGUAGUUCAAAUGAAAAAUUAGAUUCGUUUGAUAACAAACAAAACGCAACUUGGUUAAAAAUGUUUCUGAAUUCUAAAACAUUUCGUGAAAAUGACCUUCAUUCUUCAUCAUUACCAAAUUCAAUAAAUUUCAAUAAUAACAGUUGGCCAACUGUUAACGAAUUAACAGUUAUGAGUGUCUCCGAACCAAAUUUAACAAAACUCGAUAUUGACAAAAAUUUUAAAACACAAGCAGUUUAUGACGAUGAUUGCUGGAAGAAUUUGGAGUGUUUAGACUCAAAUUCAACAAUAACUGAAGAUAAAGAGUUUAAAGUUUGGAUAGAAAAUGAAAAACAAAAAUCUCAAAAAAUAUUACCAAUUCCAUCAGAUGAUAAUAUGUUGAUUAACAGAAAAACUGUAAUUAAUUUGUCUAAUGAUAAAGACAAUACAGGUAAUGAUAAUGAAUCUAUUAAAUCUGAAGAUGUAAGUGAAGAAGACGAAGUAGAGUUUGUUCCUUCCACUUGGGACUGUAAUGCAACUCCCAGUAAAACUUCACUGCGUAGUUCAAAUUCACAAUUGGUUAGUAAAUGGAGCAUAUUUUAUUGAGUCUUUAAUAAUCUUGUAAAAUGUGUAUAAAAUAUAAAUUAUGCUUUUAGGGUGUCAAAAAAUCUGUUUCAUUUAAACAACAGAAUUAUCAUUGUGUUUAUGAGUAUCCACGUGAUGAUAGUGAAACGUUUGAUUCAGAAUUUGGACAACUUUGGGAUCGAGCAAAUAAUUAUUUUGAUUUGGCAUCCUUCUCUGGUAAGUUCAAUUUUCAUAUUGUAUAUUUUUUGCGAUGUUACCAACUGUUUGAUUGUAAAACUGAAUACAGCCCGAUGUGUUUGAUUCUGUUCAAAAAUCAAAUUCCAAAAAUUGAAUUAAAUUCCCAAUAGUUUUUUGAAGAGUGACAGUAUUUAAAUACUAUUAAUUGAUUUUUAUUUAUGUUACAAUGUAUUAAUACAGUUACAAAAUAUAAUGCAUAUUAUAAAUUGCAUUGUUUAUUAUUUGAUAUGGUAAUAUUUAAUCAUUAAUUUUGUGGUAUGAUACCAAAAUAAUAAAUACAAUAUUAAGUUUUUUAAAGUUUGGUUCUGAUUUUAUAAAAUAUUUCAAUUAUUUGUUUUGUUCUGGGAUUGAAUACAAUUUUGUGUAUUCGAGAUUGUUAAUUUCAAGAAAAGGUUUGAUUGUUCUUAAAAAUCAGUGUUUGUAAGUUGUUACAUCACUAUAUAUUCUUUUGUUUACUUAAAUUUUAAAUAUUUUUGCCAUCAUAAUAAAUUAAUAUUUAAACUUUUUUAUCAGAUUGGGGAACAAAUUCACCAAAAACAAGUCCAUCGUUUAUUGAUGAUGAAACAUGUCCUCUUCAAACCUUUUUCAAAGAAACUAAUUUCAAUUUCCCAUCGAGUAAGACAAAAUUUGUAUACACAACAUACUCAUAAAAUAUAUAAGACUAUUUUUUUUUUUAUUAAUGAUUGAAUUUUUUCACAGCAACUUAUGAUGAUGAUUUUUAUAUAAGUAGUUCUAAUCAACCAUUUGAAACAAAUCAGAGUCAAUUUUUCCCUGGUCAAAAAUCAAAUGAUGAAGAUACUUUCGAACCUAGUGCAGCUGAUAUAAGUCCACUAAAACCCAAACAAUUAAGUAUGAAUCUAAUAAUUAGUAUAAUAAUUCAAUUUUAAAUUACCUAUAUUUUUAUUUUUGUGUAGUUGCCAAAUUAGAAGAUUUACCAGAACCAAUUUCAUUUGUAAGUGCUGUUACUCUGGAUGAAGAACUGGCCAAAGCUGAGAUGGAUAACAUGGACAUUAAAACGUUAAGUAAAAUACUGUCAUUGAAAAUGGAUGAUGUUGAUUCUAGUGAUACAAAAACAUCCAAGGAACCACUUUCGCCCACUUUAGGUGAACUUUGUCAUACUAAACAGCGUUUAACUUUAAAUCUAUGUAAAUCUACAUCUGCACCAUCAUCAUCAAGUAAUGUUACAGAAAAAUCCAGCACUUGAGAUUAUACAUUUAUACUGGGUGUCAAUUUUUUUUCAAAUACAAUGUAAUGUACCCUUUUUCCCUGGUUUUUCUGGUGCACAGUAGUGGAGAAUCUUCGUUAAUAUUUCUACUCCACUGCUGCCAUUGUUUAUUGUUUGUAACAUAAUAAUAGUAACAACAAUGCACUCCUUUCUUGCAGAGGGGUGUAGGCUAGUCUCCCAUUACAUCCCACAAUAUUUUAUAAACUUGCAAAUUGUCUAUUUUUUUUGCAAAUAUGUGUUGGACAAGUGCCAAACAUUAAUUAUAUUUUAUAUAUAUAUAUAUAUAAUGAUCUUAUAGUGGAGAUUUUAGUUUUUAUUAAUUUUAUGUGUUGUGCUUUCUCAGAGUUGUAUGUCUCAUUGUGAUGAGUUUAGGAUAUAGUUAUAAAAAAAUGUUAGGCAUUGUUGUAUCUAUUGUUGUGCCUGUUGAUCUGAUAUGUUCUGUUUGACGUUCCUUGAUAUUUAAAUUAAAAAAUUAUAUAUUGGUAUAUUGUUAUCAUAAUAAAUGAUCUUAACCAAAAUAAUUAAUGUUUUAGUUACUAACACCUUUUAUAUAUAUAUAUAUAAACCUAUAUAGAUUUUAAAUUAUUCAAUGUGUAAAUAUUUCAAUGUUUUUAUUUUAAUAAUACAAAAACAUGGAGGAGGGAAGGAAUUUUUUUUUAUUUACCGUCCAAAUAAUAUGAUUAUUAAUAACAUUUUGUUUGCUCUAUUAUUAUCAUCAUUAAUAAGAUAAGUUUUUCAAUUAUGGUGAAACAUAACAAGGGUAAAACAAAUACAUUACAUGUUGUUGUUUUUCAAUGUUAUAAGUUUACUAUUCCUAUUCCUAGGUACUUCAAAAGCUCACAUAAGUAUGUAUAAAAAAAUGAAAAGUUAAACAAAUUUAAUCUGUAAAUAAAUUAUAAUAUUAGAAUAAGUGAUUGCAAUUUUGUUUUAUUACUAUUAAAUUGUUAAUUUCAUUUAAUUUGUUUUACCCUGAGUUAGUUGCUCAUGUCAAAUUGCCAAUCGUGACACAUGCUACCCCCCCCCCCCCCCGCCUAUUUAAUGUUCAUUAUUUUUAUUAUUUUUUUUUACAUCUUGUCUAUAAGUGUUGUAUGUUUUAUAUAACUUAAUACGUGUUAGCUACACAAAUAAAAUCCUUAACUGAGUGCUAUUAUCAUACUAUCAGUAUUAGACAUUUUUUUUUUUUUUUUGUGUUUUUCCCUAUUGUUAUU